UCUCAUCUACAAAAACCCAGAAUUUCCGACUGACCGGAUAUGUCAUCACUUCACUCAGUCCUAUUGGAUUCCGCGGUUGUUCCAAGGAAUGUAAUUCUUACACAGAUUGUAAAUCAUUUAAUUUCAACCGACUCCAUUUAUUCUGUGAAUUAUCUUAUAAAUUACGUGCUGAUGCUGAAGCGAAUGAAUUUUGUGGACGAUCAAGAAUUCGUUUAUGUGGAAAAAUUGGACCAACAGGAAAACACGUCGGCGUGUGAGGGAAAAGGAAGGAGGUGUUUUUCGUCUUCCAGCAAUCAACACUCUUACGACAUUUCAAUUGUUACCAACUGUGGGGAUAUUAUAGCAAAUUAUACAUCUGCUAAUGUGAAUUCUACAACUUUUGGUUCGACAAUAGCUUUGCACGACCUAGAUAGUGAUCCAAGUACCUUUGUCAGCUAUUCCUUUCUGACGUGUGCCCCAGAUGGGAUUUGGAAACUGGAAAAUAAAACAUGUCAUGUGUGUAACACCUCCUGUUUGUCGAGUUGUGGAACGAUCAUGUCACCCAAUUACCCUAAUAAUUACAAUGACUAUGAUGAUGUUACAUGGAACAUUUCGACAAGUCACAACAAAAUGGUGUACCUCAGGUUCUUGGACCUGGUAUUAGAAAGAUCAUAUGACUUCGUGGAGAUAUUUGAUGGACCUUCUAAGUCAUCCAAUAGAAUUCUCUACACAGACAAAAAACCGAGCUACAUUGUGAGAAGCAGCAAGAACUUCAUGACAGUUUGGUUUCACACAGAUAUUUCUAAUGUAAGAAAGGGGUUUAAAGCGAUAUAUUGGACCUUUUAAAAUCAAUUCCGAAAAGAUGCUCAUAAACAACAUCUGAGAGAGGAAAGGUUUUUUUGUAUCGCUUGAAGCGUUUAUAUUUUGAACCCCCUCCCCCCCCAAUAAAAAAAUCAAAAGAUUCAUUACUUAGGAGUAUUGGUAUUGGAAAACCGUUACACUUAACUUUUUAGGUGUGUGAAUCAAUUAUGAUAUCUGUUAUUUUGGUACCUUUCAUUUAUUGUUUUUCGAUUUUGUCCAAUAUGAUAUUUCAGAGGAUUAUGACUUUUUAGAGACUGUUUCUGUUAUUACAUGUCAGUAUUAUUUGUAACUUUUAUCGUUCUGAUACGUCUCUGUAUUAUGUAUGAAGAGAUUGUUUUACAACAAUUAGUGAUCGAUCUUUACUCUUUCAUGUGACUUUUGAUACCUGGAAGUCUUCGAGGAAACAGGAUAUGUCUAGGCAUUAGGAACUGGCAUUUUUACUGAUGGUCUGAAAAUGCAACAUUGCAGGAUUUUCAUUUUGUUUCCAUAUCGUUUUUAUAGUGGUUUUUAAUUUAUGCAAAAGAAAUAUCCAAUAUGAUGAAUAAAGCAACAUUCCUUCAUG